GAACCCUCCUUGUCUUCGUUUUCCCCUUCAUUCGCAUCUCCAGCAUGCCUCGCAAAGCCGCUGCACACGCUACUGAUACGCCUUUUGAGCCGCGUCGCUCUGCACGCAUCAAAGAGCAACCGAAGCCUGAGCCAAAGCCCAAGAAGGCUCCGGCGAAGCCGCGAGGACGGAAGACUAAGGCCAAGGCCGAAGAGGCAACCACCAAUGGCAUCGAGCAUGCUGAGGAGAAGAAGAAGCCUAAGACUACCAAGGGAAAGAAGAGGACGGCCUCUGAAGUUGAGGCUGAGGAAGCCGCAGCCAACGGGAACGUUGAUGAGGAAUCGCAACCACCUCCCGCCAAACGGGCUAAACCCGCCUCCAAGGCUGCCUCGAAGCCACCUUCGAAGGCUGCUUCAAAGCCCCCAUCCAAGGCCGCUGGCACGUCCAACAAGCCCGCUUCUAAAGCCGCUGGCGGUGCCAGCAAGCCCGCAUCCCGCGCAUCGGCGAAGCCUCCAUCAACUACCGCGAAGAAGCCUGCAUCCAGUGCCGGCUCUAGGAAGCCUGCUUCCAAGGCGGCCAAGGACGCAAAGGAGAACGACGCCGCGCCGGCUCCCGUUCAGGAGACCAUAGUUGAAGAGCCCGAGGCAGAGGCUGCUGCGGACUCCGCUGCUGAAGCUCCUGUUACUGAAGCUUCCCCUGAGGCUCCUGCUGCGCCUAACGGAGAGGCGGCUCAGCAAGAGGCAACAGCUUGAUUGCCUCCAUCACGACGUUGUAUGAACCCGUAAAUGUCCGCGCAAGCAUGCGCGUCUUUAUCAUCUUUAGUGUAUCAGGCCUCGUGUGGCACGUUGUGUGAUCUUCCCCUUCAUCUCCUUGUUUUAUCUAUGUCUUCUCUUCCGUCUUGCUUCUUUGUUGUCUGCUAUGUCGACGAUCAGAGCAAUGCUAUGUUCACGAUACUGUCACCGGUACCGUUAUAUUACUAGUCGGUUGGUUGGCUGGGUGGGAUUGGAUACCAUGUUCAGUGUAACACCCCGUAGGAACACUUCCGAGUGCUAGUGUCUGUACAAUGCAUAUGCAUAGAUUUGGUUGAGUUGUGAAUUAAUUUCUUUCUAGCAAGCAAGGGAAGAUCAAUGUUAACUUGUAUCGUGAUGC